UAUUGAAAAUAAUAAUUUCAGUAUAGCUGGCUGUAGCUGGUAUAGUCGUGUAUAAUUUUUCUUGUUUUUGCAAUUACGACUGCGUUUGAUUUCGUUAUCCAAUUGGAUUUGUUAAAAUUCUCUGAAAGAUUGAAAUUCUUUGCAUAUUAAUUCUAACAAAAAUAACAAGAGACCAACUCUAGUUUCUUUUCGAAUCGUUAUUUCGUAGGCGACUAAACGACAAUUCAAUUGUAUGGUUAGGUUAUGCAGCUCAAUUGCCUGGGACCUUGAACCACUUGAACAUACUUGAUUGAUUUUUCACGCAUUUGUGUAGUUCAAUUUUAUUGGAUGUGAAUAAAGGAAACGACAGAUUAAAAACAUCGAAAAUAUAAAAGCCCACAGCAGCGUUCUGAGAAUGGGCAGGGCUGAUGACAAAGAAGGUGAAGCCCUGUCAUCAGAAGCCGAUGAUGAUAAAGAUAAAGAUUAUUCAGAUAAAUAUGCGUCAGAUGCGGAUGAACCAGAAAACCUCGAUGUAGAUUCCAAAAAAAAGUACAAGUGCACCGAACCUGGUUGUACUGCUAGAUUUCUACGACCUUCUCGUCUAACUUGGCAUCUUCGAAAACAUAAUGACGAAAGACCCUACAAGUGCAGUAUUAAGGGAUGUACCAGAGCGUAUACAAAUUCCUCACAUCUGAAGCGACAUGAGAAUACUCACAAGCCCAUAACAACAACAUAUACAUGUAAUGAAUGUUUGCUGGAAGUCGGCAGUCUUUUUAGUCUGAAGCGUCAUUGUAAAAUGAUUCAUGAUCCAAAGAGACUAACUUGUGCUGACUGCGGAGCAAAGUUUCGCAAAAAGCACUGUUAUAACGAACAUCUUUCUAUGCACGCUGGUAUCUCUAUGUACAAGUGUGAGGUUUGCCAAGUCGAAUGUCCUACUCUCAGACUACUGAAAAAGCAUCAACUUUCACAUAACAAGAAAAAGACUUAUGCCUGCAAAGCACCAGACUGUACAAAAGUUUUUGACAAAUGGUCCUUGUUGGCUAAACACGUGGAAACCGAUCAUCAGUUCGAUCGCCGGUGCAGCAAGUGCGACAAAACUUUCAAGACGAAACGACAGUUAGACGCUCAUUCAUCGAUUCACGUGAACGAGAACAUCUUUGCGUCAUGCCCGUAUCCAAAUUGUCCGAAAUUUUACGCCCAUCAGAAGAAUUUGGAUGAACAUGUACUGUCUUUCCACGAAGGACGUAGAUUCAUUUGUGAUACGUGCGAUUUGGGACUGACUUCAAAAGCAUCUUUGAUAAGGCACAUUAAAAAAAUUCAUGAGUCUCCGCAUGAGCCUCGGAAAAAGCCCAGGACGACGAAGAGGCGUCGCAAAGAUGCUGGCUUUGCAAAAACCAGUAUGGCGAUCAGGCUUACCGGCAUGAAAGUUUCAUUAGAAGUGGAUAAAAUGGUGCUGAAAAGGAAACCUAAAAUUGAUUUAAAAAACCCAGCUGGACUGGGAAGUUCACAGAGGAACAAUGGCCCUGCUCCGUCUAUGUCAAAAGAUAUUGAUGAAGGUAACGCAGAAACAAUAUCGAAGAACAGCCUUUUAACGAAAGCAACCGUAGGGUUUGAUAGGAGCACUCAAUGUUUUGUGUCUUUGGAAAAAGUUGAUGAACCAGGAAAGAAGAUAUGUACAGUAGUAGAACAGAAAAUAAUCAAUGUUAACGAUAAUCUUUCAAAAUCCACAAUCAUCGCAGCAAUGGAAGAGGAAAAAAUGAAUAUUGAAAAUAAUUCUUCAACAUCAGCAGAAGCCAAAGCAAUGGAAGAAAAGUCAACUAAUGUAGAAAAUAAUUCCGCAAAAUCAAUAAUCGCUGAAGCGCUUGGAAGGGAAAAAAUAAUUGUAGAAAACAAUUCUGCAAAACCUGCAUUAACUGAAGCAAUGGAUGUAGAGAAGAUGAAUGUUGAAGAUUCCUCAGUACCGACAAUUCCUGGAUCGAUGGAAAACAAAAGAAUAAAUGUUGAAGAUAAUUUUCCGAAGCCUUUAGCAGUGAUGGAAGAAGGGAGAACAAAUAAUGGAAAUAAUUUCUAUGUGCCUGAACUAACGGACGAUGAAAUAUUGUCUUCCGUAGAUAGUUUGUUAAAAUCGGGCACGUUGAUUGUACCAGAAAAAAAUAUGGAAGAAUUCUCUGACGUCGAAGAAGACAAUUCUGCAUUGUUAUUGUUGACUGAGCAGUUGUUACACGAUGAUGUCAAUUACUCUGUAAACUCUAGUCUGGAGCAAUCCAUGGUAAUAUGCGAGGACCUGAACGUUGACGAGACGCUGAGCGAUUCGUCGAAAACAGAAUAAAUAGAGGUUUUGAUACAA